CUUGGAUAUCAUCAGACCCCUGCUGCCUCACGAGGGAAAGUCAAACGUUUUUUGAAGCGUAAUAGGCGCGUAAAGUUUGGUUUACGCACGGACCAACGCAGCAUCUUUUGGUUUCUUAGAAGUUAAUGUUAAAAUUCCAGGUGUAAAAAAUGCAACCUUUGAAAAAGUCUGUGCGCAGAUGAAAUCUAUGUGUGAUUUCAGACUUCCCAGCAUCGUGAUGACGGAGGAAAACCCUGGCAGUCGGUGCGCAUUUGCUGAUCUGCAGAGCGACUCUGAAAGGCUGCUGUGAAUAAUGGGUCUCAGUGCGCCCCCUCCCACCCCAAAUCACAACUACCACCUCUGAGUCAGUGAAUGGAGGCAGAAGUUCUGCUGCUCAUUCCAACAUCUGCCGUGCGUGGAGUGCGUUAGGGGCUGCGGACUCUAACGAACACCGGCUGUGACAGGCAAGGGGGACACGCACGAUGGCGCAAAGAUUCAUCAUUUCCGCGUGGGGGAUCACUCAUCUUCACCUGAAGUUUCUUCUUCAAGCUGGGAGUUUUGAUACUCUUUUCAAUUAUUGACAUUCGUGAUUCAUGUUUGCAUGCGUGUUUUUAUUUCCUUUGAAACCUCCGGUUAAUUUAUGAAGACCAACAUGGACAGAAUUCUGUUUUCAUCUUUGCUAAUAUUUAUUUACGAGGCCAACGUGUUCACUCACAAAAUUGCCAGUAAUCUCCAACCCUACAUGCCCAACGUGUGCACAGCCAGAGAGGUUGCACUGGUCGCCCAGAGGCAGCCGAGCGUGCAAGCCUUCACACGCAUGGUUAAAGUGUGGAAGCAAGGCUGUGGGGGGCAAGCGUGGUGCGCGGGAUAUGAGAGGAGGACGGCGUACUAUACAGCAUACAGACAAGUCUACAGACAGGAUUAUCAGACUGUGAAAAAGUGCUGCCCGGGAUGGACCCAACAAAACGAUGAAGCAGGUUGUCUCCAUCCGGUGUGUAGCUAUGGAGUGUGCUUCAAUGGGGGAAAAUGUCGGGAAGGAUCCACCCAACUUUGUGAUUGCCCUGCAGGAUUCCGAGGGCCCAGCUGUCAGUACGAUGUGAAUGAAUGUGAGGAAACCAACGGAGGCUGUGAGGCUGUCUGCUGUAACACCAUUGGCAGCUUCUACUGCAGGUGUCCUGCUGGGCAGAAGCUAAAUGAAGAUGGCAGAACGUGUCAAGAUAUUAAUGAAUGCCAGGUCCACAAUGGAGGCUGCCAACACAAAUGUGUUAACACAAUGGGCUCCUACCACUGUGAAUGCAACCCUGGCUCUCGUCUUCAUGUGGACGGACGCACCUGCCUUCCCGUACGCUCGUGUGCCAUCCGUAACGGAGGAUGUGAGCACUCCUGUGUGCAGCAGUCUGCUGCUAAUUUCCGAUGUCGCUGCAAGCCUGACUACGAGCUGGCAGAGGACGGGAAGCAUUGCAUGCUGCAGAAUCCCUGUGCGAAUCAGAACGGUGGCUGCAUGCACGAAUGCCGGGUGGACGGUGGGAAGGCUCACUGUGACUGCAAGGUUGGCUACAUGCUGGCUGAAGACGGACAAACCUGCGAAGAUAUCGAUGAGUGUGAGACAAAAGAAGAUGACUGCGCACACGGCUGCCGUAACUCUCCGGGCUCUUACACGUGCAUUUGCAACGCUGCCUACGAGCUGGGGUCUAACGGGAAACAGUGCUACAGAAUUGAGAUGGAAAUUGUGAACAGCUGUGAGAACAACAAUGGCGGAUGCUCGCACCACUGCCAACAUUCAACCAGCGGCCCUGUUUGUACCUGUAACCAUGGUUACAGGCUAGAUGAUGACCUGAAAACCUGUCUUGAUGUUGAUGAGUGUGGAGAGCAGGUCUCCUGUUGUGAGCAGGAAUGCACCAACUAUCCCGGUGGCUACGAGUGCUACUGCUCUGCUGGAUACAGACUCAAUGCAGACGGAUGUAGCUGUGAUGAUGUAGAUGAGUGUCUCGCUGCAAACGGAGGUUGUGAUCACACCUGUCAGAACACUGCAGGCUCCUUCCAGUGCUUUUGCCUCUGGGGUUACCGGCUAGGCAAGGACCGGCUGUCCUGCAUGCCCAUUGAGGAUGCUGUUGAGGCCCUCUCCAGCGGGGGAGCCAUCGAGCUGCCUCGGAUUCGCCCUCAGCUUGUCUUGCUGCAGGAGUACGGCCAAGCUCUGGAGCGCUACGACGACUACGAGGAUGAUGAGGGAGAGCUGAGGGCUGAGAGCAACCUGGCAGAGAAGUUCUUGUGUCUGGACGACACCUUUGGUAGCGACUGCAGCCUGACGUGUGACGACUGCACAAACGGAGGCGAGUGUAACGCGUGGAAAACUGGAUGUGAGUGCCCUGAUGGAUGGACGGGCAUCGUCUGCAACCAAAGCUGUCCUGGAGGCUAUUUUGGCAAAAACUGCUCUUUUCCCUGUAAGUGUAAAAACGGUGCCAGCUGUGACCCCAUCAGCGGAGGCUGCCGCUGCCCCCCUGGUGUGAGCGGGGACUUGUGCCAGGAAGGAUGUCCUAAAGGUCUUUAUGGGAAGCUGUGCAACAAAAAGUGCAACUGUGCCUACAACGGCCGCUGCCACCGCACCUAUGGAGCUUGUCUGUGCGAUCCUGGACUUUAUGGACGCUUUUGUCACCUCCCAUGUCCUAAGUGGACCUAUGGGCCUGGCUGCUCUGACGAAUGUAAAUGUGAUCAGAAGAACACGCAGGAGUGCCACCGGCGCCAUGGCACCUGUAUCUGUAAACCUGGUUAUCAGGGCAACACCUGCAGGGAAGCAUGUCAAUCAGGCACCUAUGGAGCUGGCUGUGAAAAGCAGUGCGCGUGUCCAUCAGGAGUAUCCUGUGAUCAUGUGACAGGACGUUGUCAGAAAACAUGCCAUCCUGGUCGCCACAGCGAGAACUGCGAUCAAGACUGUCCGGAGGGAAGGUUUGGAGCGGGCUGCAUGCAGCUGUGUAACUGCACCGGCGCCUCCUGUGACAAAGUGACGGGGCAGUGCCUCUGUCCCGCAGGCAGAAUGGGACAGCACUGUGAGACCUCCUGCACUGAGGGGUUCUGGGGUCCCGGUUGCAAAGAAGCCUGUCCAGCUUGUGAGAAUGGUGGAGUGUGUGAUAAACUCAACGGGUCGUGUAACUGCCCGCCGGGAUACAUGGGAAGACUCUGUCAAAGCUCGUGCCCAACAGGACGUUUCGGUGAAAGAUGUCAACUGAAAUGCGUUUGUGAGAACAAUGCCCACUGCGACCCAGUGAGUGGGCGGUGCAGCUGCACCCCUGGCUGGACUGGACCCCACUGCAGUAAAGUCUGUGACGUCGGACACUGGGGAGCUGACUGUGCAGAAACCUGCAACUGCAGCAACGGAGACCUGAGCUGCGACGCUGUGACGGGACAGUGCAGCUGUGAUGCUGGUUUUACUGGAACACACUGCCAGCAGAAAUGUCCAGCAGGAAUGUUUGGUCCUACCUGUCAUCAUGAGUGCCAGUGUAAAAACGGCGCCCUUUGUGACCAUGUGAGUGGAGCUUGUACCUGCAAGGCGGGCUGGACAGGGACCUUCUGUGAAAAGCCUUGUCCUCAGGGUUUCUAUGGUCUGGACUGCCAGCAGAGGUGUUUGUGUCAGAACGGCGGGAGCUGUGAUCACGUCAGCGGCGUGUGCUCCUGUCCUUCUGGUUGGAUCGGCCGGUUCUGCAACCUGACGUGCCCAGCUGGAUUCUAUGGCGAGGCGUGUAACCAAAGCUGUUCCUGCAGAAAUGGCGGUAUCUGCCACCCGGCCAGCGGGGGGUGUCUGUGCUCACCUGGUUGGACCGGGCCCAACUGUCAAGAAGAAUGCUCUGCUGGAUUUUAUGGCGCAGACUGUCAGCAGCGCUGUUUGUGCCAGAACGGAGCUGCCUGUAACAAGACGGAUGGAGCAUGUGUGUGCAGCAGUGGAUGGAUGGGUGCGGCCUGUGAGCUGGAGUGUGCAGCUGGACGAUUCGGGGCGGACUGCCAGCAGCAAUGUGAAUGUGAGAACGGCGGUCAGUGUGACAGACGGACAGGACGCUGCAGCUGCAGCGCCGGCUGGCUGGGAGAGCGCUGUGAGAAAGCCUGUGGAGCCGGCCGCUUCGGUGUGGGCUGCACGGAGCGCUGUCACUGUGGGAAUGGAGCUUCCUGUCAUCAUGUAACUGGGGAGUGCCAGUGUCUGCCAGGGUGGAGGGGGAAACACUGCCACAAAGCGUGUUUGCCGGGUACAUACGGCGAACGCUGCUCACGGCCCUGCAUCUGCGCUCGGGGAGCUUCCUGCCAUCACGUCUCUGGACAGUGCGGCUGUCCUGCUGGAUUCACAGGCAGUGGAUGUGAAAAGACUUGUCUUCCAGGAACCUUUGGGCCAAACUGUAAUCAGGUGUGCCGGUGCUCAGAGAAGAACCAGCUCUGCCACCCGGUGUCUGGAUCAUGUUACUGCGCUCCAGGCUUUCAUGGUCUUAAGUGUGAGCAUGUUUGUGCCGAAGGCCGCUACGGCCCCGACUGUAAACAAGAUUGUCGGUGCGACAACGGCGGCAAGUGUGACCCUUUCACCGGAGCCUGCGAAUGUCCCGCUGGCUUCAUAGGUCCGCACUGCAACACCACGUGUCCAGCCGGGCGUUACGGGCUCCACUGCGCCCAGGUGGCGCUGUGUGGGGUUGGAACCCAGAGUGACCCGGUCACUGGUCGGUGUGUGUGCCUCCCUGGACAGACGGGGAAGGACUGCAGACAGGGCUGCCCUGCAGGCUGGUUCGGGGCGGACUGUGCCAGCUUCUGUAACUGCAGCAACGGAGGAGUGUGUGACUCUGCCACCGGCAACUGCACCUGCGCUCUGGGAUGGACCGGUGAACACUGCGACACAGAGUGUCCAGCGGGUCGGUUUGGGGCCGACUGCGCACUGAAGUGCAACUGUCAAAACAACGGCUCGUGUGACAGAGUGACGGGGACGUGUCGGUGUGGACCAGGUUACUACGGAGGCCUGUGUGAACACGCCUGCCCUCCUGGUUUCCACGGCGCGCUGUGUCAGCUGCAGUGUGACUGUGAGAACGGCGCUUCCUGUCACCCCGUGUCGGGCCGCUGCAUCUGUCCUCCGGGAUAUCAUGGAGGCCACUGCCACCGAGUGUGUGAGCAGGGCAGCUACGGUCAAGACUGCGCCAAAGUGUGUGACUGCGAGGAUGCUGCCCCGUGUGAUCCUGUGACAGGGAGAUGCAUCUGCCCAUCAGGGAAGACGGGACGCAGAUGUGACAUUGACUGCAGGGCCGAUCUUUAUGGGCCAGACUGCUCAGAGACCUGCACGUGCCAGAACCAGGCGCAGUGCGAUCCCCGCAGCGGCCGCUGUCGCUGCUCGCACAGCUGGAUCGGACCCUCCUGUCAAGAAGGGGGACCUCCGCAUUUCACCCAUGGGAGCCGCCACGGGGACUCACCGCACGACAACUCGUUAUAGCAGAAGAACUGAGACGGGGAGGAGUUGGAAAGUUUCAGUGAAAGUGCUGCCGCCUGGAAGACUGAUGGAAGCAGACUCUGGGAACUGCAGGGGGAUCCUGUCACAUCAGAACCGUGGUGUUCUGGGAACGAGUGCAGCCUCAUUGUUGCUUUUUGUUUUUGCACUCGCUUUGUUAAUUUUGUCUUUAACAAACUGUAUUUAAAGCGAACAGCCUCACUGUUUGAUAAGGAUCCUUUUUGUCCAGGCUGAUGCUGCUUUACUGUACAGAUCCCUUUUUUACUGUACAUUCCUUCCCAGGAACAGCUGAUUGUAGCUCAGUACAAGCCCCAAGAAGCUGAACAUUGUGCAAAAGUUCACGACUGUUUAUAGUUUUAACUGUUCUUUGAGUGUAAAUGGCUUCAUAUUUAUAUUUUUUGCAAACACUCCACAAACAAACAAAUAAAGAGACGGCUCCCA